AUGCGGGCGGACGCCGAUUCGCUGGCGCACAUGCGUCCCAGGUCCGGCCCGUCUGCGGCCACAGAACCGGCCCUCACGGACGAUUCAAAAUGCGGUUGUUACCUGAUCCAAGGCGGCAACCAAAGUACCUACUUUGAGGACCACAGGUUCUUCGACUUCCGCGCUCUCUCGCAGUAUGCCGGCGUGCCUGAGGUCAUCCAGGAUCCAAACACCACCGCUGAAGCCGACGUGACGAGCCCUUACUUCUCCAGCAAAGAAUGGACCAACUUCUGGCUGCUCGGCAACUGGAAUAACAGCAACGGCGCCCGCGCCGACGCUUCAGUGCUUAUGGUGAACUCGCCCAACAACAUCUACAUCGAGACCAACAAAGAUUCCGACCCGUCUUCGCAGACGCACCUCACCCUCCGCACGCAGCGCCUGCAAGAGUUCCAAACCGCAGCCGAGAUCGAGUCCGCCUCAGCCAAGUUCAAGUACCUCUCGGUCCGCAUGCGCGCCCGCACCAUCGGCGCCGCUGGCGCCAUCACGGCCAUGUUCACCUACCGCGGCGCCAACACGCUCGCCAAGGUGCAGGAAUCCGACCUCGAGAUCCGCACGUCGGACGCGCCCAACGUGAUCCACUGCACCAACCAGCCGGCCUACACCGACUCGGGCGACGUGGUGCCGCAGGCCACGCAGAACGCCACCAUGCCGGGCGGGCUGGACUGGACCGACUGGGCCGUGCAUCGCAUGGACUGGGCGCCGGACAGCACGACGUGGUACGUCAACGACGUGCAGGUCGCCCGGAUUCAGUUCCAGACGCCCCACGACGAGAGCACCCUGGUCCUCAACGCCUGGAGCGACGGCGGCGGCUGGACCGGCAACAUGAGCCGCAACGACGCCGCCUACCUGCAGAUCCAGUGGCUCGAGGUCGUCUUCAACAACACCGAGGUCCCCAAGACCGCCGACACCAAGCGGGAUGCCGCCGCCCCCGCCGGCUGCGCGGCCGUCUGUAGCAUCGACAAGACGCCGCAGGUCGGCAAGCCCGUCAUGCUGUGGACUACCGGGUCCGGCAGCGACGCAACGCAGCCGAACGGCGGCGCGAGGGUGGCGGCGUGGUGGCCGGCGGGGGUGGUAGCGGUGUUGCUGGGUCUGCUGUCGACUGGGUUGGUGAUCUAA